GACUUGGAUUUCUGGACUCACCCCUCCCAUGUAGAUGUCAGUGUUGAUAUUCGUGUGAGCGCGCUGCAGUAUCCUCGUCUUACUAAGCUACUGAAUAAAGAUGGGAUUAUAUUUACCAUUCUUAUCCCGGAUGUACAAGGUUUGUUGGAAAGUGAAAACCCACCUGCAUCCCGAUCAGCGAGAGCAUACGAUUAUGGUCGUUACAAUAGGCUGGAUGCGAUGGUUAAAGAACUCAAGAGCCUUGUUGAUUCUCAUCAAAAUUUGGCAAGAUUGGUGACCGAGUUCGGUCGGUCAUACGAGAAUAGGAUGAUUUAUGCUGUUAAGCAGAUGCUGAAGAAAUAUGGCAAAGACGUAUCCGUUACCAACAUGGUGGACAAGAUGGAUUGGGUGAUCAUGCCCGUAUUUAAUGUGGAUGGUUAUGAGUACACUCACACCGGAAAUCGAAUGUGGGGGAAGACUAGAUCUCGAAAUGAUGGAUCUGACUGCAAAGGGACAGACCCCAACCGCAACUGGAACUUUGCUUGGGCAGGAGCUGGUACUAGCAGCAACCCAUGCAGGGACACCUAUUACGGAAGUCGACCUUUCUCUGAGAUUGAAGUCAGAAAUGUUGCUCGAUAUCUUUACAAAAAUCGAGGGAACCUGAUCGGUUAUAUGGAUAUUCAUGCCUACAGUCAACUCUGGAUGACCCCCUGGGGUUACAAAAGAGCUUACCCAGACGAUUACUCGGAGCUGAAACGUGUCUCUGACAUAGCAAUCGAUGCACUCUAUAAUUCUGGAUAUCGGACGCAAUAUAGAGUUGGUCCCUCGUCUAUAAUUAUUUACGCAAAUUCAGGAUCCACAAAGGACUGGGCUUAUGGGGUCCUCGGUGUCAAGUACUCAUUUGCCUUGGAACUAAGAGACAAGGGACAAUAUGGGUUUGCAUUGCCAGCCAAUCAGAUCAUACCAACUGGUAUGGAGACAUUCGCUGCCAUCAAGGCAAUGGGUGCUGCACUAAAACUCUCAUGAAGAAGUGUCUGUCAGCUGCAUAAUAAUUACCAUUGAAUAGUGUCCCAGGAAAAAAAUUUUCCUUAGAAUAUUAAUUAAAGGGGGUAUUUGAUUUCAAAUUGUGACAGUUUAAUCGCUGCAACUUCAAUCACAGUCUGAAAAGAAUUAUGCCAGUGUUAAAAUGUUUGAGUUCUCGUUCGACAACAAUGUUUGGAAACCACAAUUGCUGAUUUGUAAUAGAAUGAAUCAACAUAACAUUCUUGGAGA